CUGGUAGAGGUACCGAAGAGUCGGGGAAAUCGUAACAUGCAACGAUAUUAUUUCAGGUCCACAUCUGUAAAGAUUGCACGGAUGUGGUCUUCGUGGCUUCUCAAACAUUAUCCUGAGCCAUUUGAUUAUGCCGAGGCUGGUGUGGAUAAGCUCCAUCUUGAUGCUCCGGAUGAGAAGUUGAUGGAAUUCCUCCCAAUGUUUGAUGUGGUUGUUCUUUCUUCCGGUCAUUGGUUUGCCAAGAAGUCUGUGUACAUUUUGAACAACGAGAUUGUGGGCGGGCAGUUGUGGUCGCCGCCCAAAUCUCAUCAGGACAAAAUGAAGAUUAACAGUAUUCAAGCAUACGAUAUAUCUGCUGAAACGAUUCUUACUUCCAUUCUUGCGCAUCCAAAAUACAAGGGGCAUACAAUUGUGUGCUCUUACUCGCCGGAUCACUACGAGGGUGGUGCCUGGAACACGGGUGGAUCGUGCACGGGGAAGGUGAAGCCUCUUGGUCCGGGCGAACUGGGGGAGAACGAAUUCACAAAUGUCAUGCAUGCACAACAGGUUAAUGGUUUCAACCGUGCUAUGCAGAAUGCAACAAAUGCAUCAAGGUUGAAGUUAAUGGAUAUCACUGAAGUUUUUCAGUACAGGCAUGAUGGCCAUCCUGGUCCAUACAGGAGCACUGAUCCAAAUAAGAUCACAAAGCGUGGACGGGAUGGAAGGCUGCCACCGCAGGAUUGCUUGGAUUGGUGCAUGCCAGGCCCUGUGGUCUGCGUGGAUACCUGGAAUGAGCUCGUGAUGGAGAUCAUUAGGCGAGAAUAUGAAGGUUCAAGUGCAUCGUGAUUGGUUGAGUGACUCGGUAGGAAAUGAAAGUUUCUUGGGGAGAGACAAAAAUAGUUAAGUUGUAUUACUUGUAUAUUUUCAUAGAAGAAAAUAUUAACAUUGUAGAGAUAGAGGAAUGCUAGAGGGCCAGCAACUUUUGUGAUUUGUAGCCAUCAAAUAGCCAUCAAUGAUGGUUUUAAUAGUGUGAGAUUGGUGUGAGAUUUCAUCCAAUGGUUCACUUUUCUUUGCUGGUUACAUGCUGGCUAGAAUUUAACAAAGUUGCUGGUCCCCUAGACUUUUCCGUAGAGAAAUUAAUUUAUUUGUAUUUGGGUUCGGCUGAUAAGCUAUUUGCUUAUUCCUUAACCCUCAAAGGCCAUUAGUACACCUGAUAUGGCUACGUAUGUAAUUACCAAGUUUUGAUUUUUAAUAUACCACAUCAUAUUUUUUUAA